AUGUACAAGCAGUGGAUCACGAUUCAUCUUAUCAAUAGCAUGCAUUCGGGCCACGUGUAUGUCAAGCAUGCCAUCCUGGAAUAUGGCCGAUUCCACCGGAAUGGAGACAGGAAUGAUGAGAUUUCGACUGAAAUGAUCGACCAAACCCAAGUGGCUCCAGGUAGUUCCGUCAAUAUAAACUCAUGCGGUAACCCGGCCGAAGCUUCGGGAACGGAGGGAAGCAUUGAGUUGUAUGACGGCUAUACCAGGAUUGCCAAAGUCCAUUGGCUCUGCCACCUGGGUAACCAUUCCAGUGAAUUUGGCAUCUCAGAGCUGAACGACCAUUACUGGAUCAAGUCUGGAGCAUGGGACGCGGACUCGGCAAUUGGCUUCCUUGAUGUUCAAGUUGGAAGGAAGGACUGA